CCCGUAAGAUUUCCAACGAUCUUAUCGAGUCUUGAUAAUUCAAAGUUUUAUUGUCUUUAUUGACUAAGGAGUAAUCAAAGAAUUAAAUUUAUUGUGGUAAGCAGAUAUAAAAUGGUUCAAUGCGAGGUGAAGCCAUAACAAUAAAAAGGGAAAAAAUAUUCAUUGUGGAAGUUAGCACAGCAGAGGAGUUUAUUUUAUGGUUGGACUUUUUCCUUUCAUAUUAAUAAGUACAAGAGUAGACAUUGAUAAGAUAUAUCCAUUUAUUCAAAAUAAGCUUCAACUGCCAAGAAGUUUGCUGCUUAAUCCUUCCAGUGACUCAAAGUUUUCGUUCUUUUGGAUUAGCACCAGACCGUUCUUCACCUUCGCGAUGGUUAUCUCAAAUACUUUUUGCGGGAAUAUAAUGGCUUUGUUUGUUGCUGCAACAAUUGUUUUAUGUUGUCAAAGUCAGUUGAUCCCUGAAACACCUCACGUUGUUGUUUGUCAAGAUGGGACCGGGGAUUUCAAGACUAUAACUGGAGCAAUACUUGCAGCCCCGAAUAAGAGUGUCCAACCAUACUAUAUCAAGAUUAAACAAGGCACAUAUCGGGAAUACAUUUUAGUUGAUAAAAAAAAGACGAAUAUAGUAUUGAUCGGAGAAGGAAUGGGUAUUACAAUAAUAACGGGUAAUAGAAGCCUCUACGCCGGCAAUAAAACAUAUGACACCGCAACAGUGGCGGUUCGUGGGAGAGGCUUCACAGCCCAAGACAUCACCUUUAGGAAUGAUGCUGGACCGGCAGAGUAUCAAGCAGUGGCGUUAAGAGUAGAAGCAGAUUUGUCUUCUUUCUAUAGAUGUCGCUUUGAUGGGUAUCAAGACACUCUAUAUGUCAAAAGGAACCGUCAAUUUUACAGUGAUUGUGAAAUCUAUGGCACGGUAGACUUCAUUUGCGGUAACGCAAAGGCCUUAUUCCAAAACUGCUUAAUUGAAGCAUACAUUCCAUUGGCCAGGCAGCAUAACACAAUCAUAGCACAAAAGAGAGAUUUUAAGAAAAAUGCAACCGGAAUAGUACUUCAAAAUUGCACUAUAAAGGCAACCCGAGAUUUGGAGAAUAUGGAUAACGUCACCACCUAUUUAGGUCGACCAUGGGGUAAAUACUCUAGGGCAGUGGUCAUGGAAAGUUACAUUGACCACUUCAUAAGUCCUAAAGGAUGGAUCAAAUGGACAAAAUCUGCAAAGAAACCCAUUGUUCAUCGCCAUCCAUAUUUUCUGGAGUACAAGAAUAGAGGACCGGGUGCUGUUACCCGAGAUCGUGUGACAUGGGCAUCCCAUACUACGAAUCCAAGCAUUGCCUCACAUUUUACAGUUAGGAACUUUAUAAAUGGUGACAAGUGGAUUCCCACCAAUAUCCCAUAUUAUUUAGACUUUUCAUAAACAAUAUUAGGGUUGUGUUUGUUAUAAUUAUCAUAUUACAAAAAUAGUCAAUAUAUGUUCUUAUCUUGUUGCAUCAA